CUGCCAUCAUGUUCAGUUGGCUGCAACAUAGGCGCAAGAUCUAUCUUUGCAGCUGCAGGAUCUGGUUGCAGAAGAGGGGCGGCGCAGAGAAGGGGCUGCAGGCUGCUGUAGGCUCGAGGGGUGCAGGAGAAGGGAGGCGGAGUCGGCCGCAGCAGCAAAAGGGCGCAGGCAGCAAGGGGGCAGAGUCGGCUGCAGCAGCAGGGGCGCCGGCAGUAGCAGGGGGCGCAGGCAGCAGCAGGGCGCAGGAUCUAUCUUUUUUUGUUUUGUUUCCCUUUUGUCUCUGCAGGUUGGGUUUGGUUUUAAUGGAAUUGGGUCAUUUGAGAUGGGUUCGAGAAAUGGACUAGAUUUAUAGCUUAAAGGAUUUCAUCCCCAAACUUUUGAUUUCUUCAAUUGAGUCCCUUGUUUCUUCUUCUCCCACUUUUCCGUGAAAUUUCCUUUUGCUUGCAAACCUAAAAAUGAAAGUAAAAUCAAACAGAUUAA